AUGAUUGGGCAUCACGUGAUACGUCCAUCUUCAGAAUGCAAGCUAGAUGUACCGAAUGUGCCAAACUUCAUCAAGAUUGGUGCAGUGACUGAGCCGAACAGAGAAAUUGAAGUCGCUAAGAUUAUUAAAUCUAUCAAGAGUAAUGCUACGGGAGUGGAUGGCAUCUCUUUGGAUAUGAUUCUGUUAACGCUGCCAUCCACACUAGACGACAUCCAAUUGUAUAUCUCUUUUAAACCAGGUCUUCACAGUGAAGCAAUUAAUAAAUUAAAUAUUGAUCUCACCAGUAUAGCAGAUUGGGCUCAUAUGAACCAGUUAGUCCUAAAUCCUACCAAAUCCAAAUAUAUGUUGCUUGGAUCACGCCAAGCAAUAGCAAAAGUAUCGCCCAACGAUUAUGCAGUACGUGUUAAAAAUGAAACAUUACAGUACACUAAUGAGGCCAGAAAUCUGGGAGUACUAAUGGAUAGUGAACUUCGUUUUGAGAACCACAUCCUUGAAAAUGCGCGCAGCUGCUUCUACAGCGGCGUCACAAAACAAGGCGUGUCUAGAUUCCUAACUCGAAGGCUGCAUCCGGGCAGCAGGGAUCAAGUUACGGCGGGAGCGUGCGAAUGUCAAGGAACCCUAUCCGCGCUGCGUCACUCAGUCGCUGCCGACAUGUCUGCGUGCGCGCUCGUCCGCGUCAGCCGCCGCGCGCUUGCGUCUACCGCACUCGUCGCCGUCGCCGCCUCUUCUUUACUCGCAGUUGCAAGUGGACACGAUAUCACGUGCAAUAAGGACGGGCUCUACGCCGACUUCGAUACGGAGUGCCAGGAAUAUGUGCGCUGCUCGGCCGGCGUAGCAAAGGGACGCUACGCGUGUCCCGCGGGACGCGUGUUCAGUGAUGUAGCAGGAGCAUGCGUCCCGCGCCGCGGUCAGCCCUGUGCCCGUCGCGUAUGCGCCGCUGGUGAUACGUUGGCCUAUGCUACACCUGGGACUGCGUGCCGACACUACUACCGCUGCGAUAACGGCACGGCCGUCGACCACGCUUGCCCGUCGGGAUCCUGGUUCGACCUAGCUAGGCAAGCGUGCUCCCGAGGUGCCGGAACCUGCUAUGAGCCAGUGUGUGCAGGACUCCCAGAUGGGAAAUAUCCGGACUCUUCGCAUGAAUGCCGACGUACUCUGCAGUGCCGCGGAUCAGAAUUACGUGCGGUAACGACGUGUGGCGGGGCGUGCGUGAGCACCUGCCCACCGCCACGCUCCGCCGCUGUGCCUCUGCCAGCUGGAGAUGCUGACUUCUGCUCAGACGAAGCGUGCUCCUCAUUGUGCCAACACGCACCAGACGGUGCAUACGCAGACCGUUCCACCGGCUGCCGGGAAUACUUCGUCUGUGAAUCACAUCGCGUUAUCCGACGGGGCGUGUGCGAUCCUGCUCUGCUGUUUUCGGGAAGUGGUUGCGAGCCGGCUGCGGGGACUUACUGCCCGCCUCCUGCGCGAAGUCCCUGCUUCAACCGACAAGACGGACUCUAUAGAGACUGGCGCGACUGCUCGACGUGGUUCGAAUGUCGUCGGGAAAGAGUGACAGCACGAGGCGUGUGCGAGUUAGGUUUCGUGUUCGAUGGCGUCGGAUGUGUUCCUAGAAAGUCCUACUACUGCGAAGGUCCCGAUCCGUCCGCAGAAUGCGAGGGUAUGCCGAGCGGAACUUAUCAGGACCUCGAUUCGAAUUGCACACGGUAUUUCCAUUGCGAGGGCACUUUACGCACGAGUCUGGCGUGCCCGGUCGGACAGGUGUUCGACGGUACGAGAUGUACGCCGACUUUUCAAUAUCUAUGCCCCAGUUUGGAGCGGGACUCGUGCUACGGGCGAAAAGAUGGACGCUAUCGAGCUACAGAUGCUGGUUGUCGCGGUUUUUACUCGUGCAUCGAUGGAAAGAAAGCAGUGUACGCGUGUCCCGCGGGCCGGGUGUUCGACGGCGAGAUGUGCGUCUUAACGCAUCCCGCCGUGUGUCCUCGCGAUGACUACACCUGCUCGGGAUUAUCUGACGGUUAUCACGCAGAGCUGAAGUCAAAUUGCCACAGGUACUUUUACUGCGAGGGCGGCGACAAACUGGCAACGCUUUCCUGCCUCGCGGGCAAAAUAUUCGACGGCCAUGCAUGCGUGGAACCUAUGCAUCACAUAUGCGGUGCUCCCAGACGUAACAGCAUAGAACACGGCGGGAGGUACUGUGAGAGAGACGGUUUUUACGUGCAACUGGGAACCGAGUGCAGACAUUACUACUUCUGUGUGUCCGGUGUUCGAACAUUCCUGACCUGUCCCGCGGAACAGGUGUUCAACGGCCAAGUGUGCGUGCAUAAAGAACAGUACACAUGUCCGGGCUGAGUCCGAGAUAACGGACGCUGACUAACGCUAAAGCCGGUUGAACUGGCAUAUGCUGCAUGAUUCAUUGACCGAGGCCACUGAGGACUGUGGAGACACGAUGUACCUGACUGUAAAGGCUGACCAUGGCAACAUGUCAUUGGCAUUUGUAUAACUUGUUUUUUUAAUGAACGUGAAAUAGUUUUUAACGAAUUUCCGAUGUGGAAUAUGCUAUGUGAGCAAAUGUGUUAACAGGGACCGAAUUAGGAAAAUCUAUCCUUUCAAUUCCGUUACUUUUUUUUUUUGGUCAUUAGGCAUCAGUCAUCAAUUUUCAUAUUUUAUAAC